AUGAUCGCCGAUCCAUUGCUGAAUGCCGAUAGCAGUGGUCGAGGAUUGAUCAAGCUCGAAUGUCAUGGCUCCGCUGCUAAAUUCUCUCAAUUGUCGGCAAAGUACCCCCUCAAGCUUCUCUCUCCGCGAGUGUCAGUUGACGGUGUAGCUGUGGUCUACAUACUAUCUUACGGCGGCGGUCUGGUGGGCGGAGAUACCAUCGAUGUGCGAAUUGAGGUUGGAAGGGACGCAGUCCUCUUACUGUUAUCUCAGGGUUCAACGAAGGUUUUCAAGACGCGACCCGGUCGUCGAGCUUCACAGGAUAUCACCGCGACGACGACACAGGCAUUCACGACGGAAGUGAAGGGAAAUGGCACGGUCUUGCUCCUUCCCGACCCAGUGACUUGCUUCCGGUCAGCUUCGUACCAUCAGUCCCAGGUAUUCCAUCUAUCCGGAGCAGGCUCUGCCGCGAUCCUUGAUUGGUUCACGUCGGGUCGCAAGGCGCUCGGGGAAGAAUGGGCGUUUACUCGAUAUCACAGCGUUAACGAGCUAUGGGUCGAGGGAAAGCUCAUUGCCAAGGACGCCAUGCUACUCGAAGAUCCAUCCAACCAUCCUGCGCAGCUUUCGACACGCGGCCUUCGCGAACGCCUAUCUCCCUAUUCAUGCUACGCGAAUCUCCUCCUCUACGGGCCUGUCCUGCAGCCUGUCAUCCAAGAAUUGACGGCGCUCUAUGACCGGUUGACCGUCUUCAAGAGGACACAACCGGAGCCGUUGAUCUGGUCACUCAGCCCGAUAUCCGGGCAGCUCGGGUAUAUAGUGAGAGCGGCGGGUAUGGAGACGGAAGAUGUAAAGCAGUUCCUGGCACGAGCGCUUCGUCCUCUACAGGCUGUGGUUGGCGAGGACCUGUAUGGCAAAACAUUCUUGUAGUAUU